CAGGAAUCAAAAGUUUCAAAACAAUGCAAUUUUUGAAUCCCAAAAUCCGAUUUUUAUAAAAAUAUAGAUUAAUUUAUUAUUAAAAGUGAGUUUUGUAAUGUAGCUUACAUAAAUUAUUAGAUCUUGGAAUCAUCAUUGCCGCAGUUCUUGUAAAAUAAGUGAGCAAAUGUAAGAAUAGCCAUGGAACAAAUUGUGGUCCAAACUGAGGUUCAGCCGGAUGGGAAUAUCUUGUUAUUUUACGUUGAUGAAAACCAAGAGAUCGAUCCAAACUUAUUGGAACAGGUCGAAGAUGAAAGCAUUGACGUACCUGAAACAAAAUAUAUAAUAGAGGAUACCGCAGGAGACUCCGAUGAUGAGCUUGAUAUUGCUCAAGCCACUGAACAGGUUCAACAGGAAUCAUGGCCAGAUAAUGAAAUAACACGUCUCAUUGUUUUCUAUAUUGACAACAAAAAAACGUUCUUAAAUGGAACUACUAAAAGUAAGCACUUGUGGGCCGUCGCAUGUAAAACAAUGAUGACACACAGAAGACCUAUCUCAUGUGAGAUUAAAUUCAGAAUGUUAAAAGGUAGGUUCAUCCAGGCAUUUUUAGAAAAACAGAAAAAUAGCGACUACCAUUGGCCAUUUUAUGAUCUUUGCCAUCAAGCAUUUUACGAUGACCCAGAAGUGGUGGCUUGUAUAAAAGAGAACUUACAGAAACUAGUAACAUCAGAGACUAAGGUCACUGUGGCUCAGAUCCCUGCGACUCAGAUCCAUGCCACUCAGAUCCCUGUGACUCAGAUCCCUGCGACUCAGAUCCAUAUAACUCAGAUCCCUGUGACUCAGAUCCAUGCGAAUCAGAUUCCUGCAACUGAGAUCCCUGCGACUCCGAUUCCUGCGACUCACACUGUUAAUCAAGAUGGUGUAAUAAUUGUUAAGAAAGUUAGCAGCCAAGUCAGCGACGAGAAGGUUACAGCAAUGUUGAAAUUGUACAUAAAAUAUAAAGGUAAGCUUAGUAAUGCAAAUCUCUCUAAAAGCAUAUGGGAUACUAUUGCACUGGAGAUGGGGGAGGAGGAUGGGAAUUAUUGGCACAGACGUUUUCACAAUUUCAAAAAGCAUUACAUUACCAUGCUCUACAAGAAAAUGGAGACCAAUGAGGAAAUUAACUGGCCAUACAUGAGUCUCUUUGAUGAAAUAUUUGGUAAUGACAAAGACUUCAAACGUAAAUUCCAAUCAAUUGAUAUAAAGCCAGAAAUGGAAUCAAACAAUUCAAUCCCAGAUAUAUGGUAUGAUACACAGAAGGUGUUUUUAGUGAAGUAUCGUUUUGACUGCUUUUAUGAGUUCCAAGAUCCCACAAUUCCAGAUGCUUUUCUAUGGCAUGAGGUCGGAAGACUUUUAGACAAAGAGCCCAAUAGCUGUCAACAGAAACUGGAACAGUUGCAAGAAGAACACAUGAAACAUUUAUCAAAUGGGGACUAUCAUUUGUCAAAUCGCACACCUCUACAAAUAUUAUUGGAUAAUGUUAUAGCAUUAGAAACUGAGGCUGUCAUUAGAAAAAAUAUUGCAUCUACAAAUGAUCCAUGGAAAACUGAAGAAAUAGACAAUAUGGUCCAACAUUUCUAUGAUAAUAUGGUAAUGUUCAAAGAUGCUGUCUGCUACUAUGUAUGUUGGGUGAUUGUUGCUAAGAAACUAGGCAAAACUGUUGUUGUGUGUAAUAAAAAAUGGAACGAACUCAAAGAAUUGUACCGAUCAAUCUUAAAUGACAAGAAAGAAAACCCAGACAUGCAGAUUGACUGGCGUUAUAUUGAUGUUUUUGAUAUAAUCUUUGAUUAUGGAAUGGAUUUGAAGUUGCUUGAUGGAUAUGAAACAAGUGAAGAUACAAACAAAGCACCUGAACCUGAAGUAAAUAAAAUUACUUUCAAUGACGAUAACAAUUCAGAAGACGAAGAAACUUAUGAUGAAAGAGGUUUUACGAAAAACACAAAGAAACAAGCUGGAGAUGAGAAGGCCUUCAAACUGCUAGAAUAUUACCUCAAAAACAAGGACAAAUUUGCAUCGUCGCAGCAGAAGAAACUAGCAUUAUGGGAAGUUAUAGGGAAACAAAUAGGUGUGUCAGCGACAGAAUGUGCCCAUAGAUUUAGAAACUUUAAGCAAGUAUAUACAGCAUAUGUUCAAAGGGAGGUAAAUAAACCAGAAAUGCCUAUUCUGUGGCCAUACUAUUCGCUGUGUAAAAAGGUAUUUGGCUACAGAGUGAUAAAGUCAAAACUGAAAAAUGGUAAAACAGACGCAGAUGAGAUCGAAGACUGGGCACCGAAGGAAAUCAAACAAAUCAUCAAUCAUUUCUCUAGUUUCUAUAAUGAGAUUACAGAAAAUUCCAACGAUGAAACACUGUGGUCGAGUCUCGCUGAACAAAUGGGUAGGCCUGCCACCAGCCUCAGAUAUAAGUUUUUGGAGUUGAGGAAAUCUUACAGAAAAUUGAAGACUAUGAAAACCCGAAACCCCGAUGUGAAACUGACGUGGAAAUACUUUAACAUGAUGGAUAAUAUUUAUAAUGAAGCUGAGCAGAUCAAAAAAAGGGAAAAAGUAGAAAUUGAAAUUCCUUUUAAUGUAAUUGGGAAAACAGAAUUACCUGAUGAUGAUGAUUACCAGUGCAUCAUUGUGAUGCCAGAAGACGAACAAACGAUCUAUGAUGAAACUGUUAUAGAUGCACAGGCAAACUCUGAAACACCUACAAUGUUCAAGUGGAACAAGAACAGUAAGAAGCAACUUUUGAGCCUGUAUUUAGACUGCCGAAGAAGAAAUGUGCAGUCAACUGAGAUAUGGAACGAAAUAGCAUCAAGAAUGGAAGACAAAACACCUAAAGCUUGUAAAAAUAUGUUUGUAAAGUUAAAAAAUAUCCACAAAACUCAAGAAAGUAGUGUUUAUGGAAAACUUUUAGAUAAAAUAUUAGCACUGAAAAAGGAAAAAGUUAAUGUUGUCUGAUAAAAAAUUAUCAAAACAUGGAUACUAUUUAUGGACACUGGACAGUCAAGGGUGUUGUUUCUGAAGAAAAAGAUUGAUUAACGAAAGUGGUUAAAGGUUUAGAAAUAAACUAGCUGUCCCGGCAAACGUUUCU